GAAAGAGAGCCAGUCCAGUCCUGUUCUAGAACCAGGAACCAGGAAUCAUGAAUCAGGAAUCAGGAAUCAAGAGGCGGCCCCAUUUUUUCUCACAGCACAGACAGCGUCAGACAAAAGUAGUGACAAACUGCCUGCUGCUGAGAAGAGAAGAGUCCUGGAGGGAGGAUUCCCUCAAUACCCCAGGUGGGAGUUGAACUCCUUUUCCGAAGAAUCCUGACUAGUCAAUCCUGUACGGAGUGGGCAUGGUCGCUGUUUGAACCCCAUCCCAUAAUAAUUCGACAGCUGGAGAUUCUUCAGAUGAUGCGCACACGAUGCUCAUUGCAGCCAGCCAGCUUGCCAAUUAAUGGCGCGACUAAGCUUUUGGCGUUUGACUGUGCCAAUUUUUAGGGCCUCAGCAGGCUCAGUUCUUGUCCAGGCGGAACAGCAACAAAACCUUCCUUGCCGUAAAUUGACUUUGGUGGAGUUGCUUGGGUUGUAUCAUCUCCGUUCCAGAGGGCCUUGGCAGCCGUAGCGUGAUCCGCCACAUGGGGAAUCUCAUCUGCUCGAACGGCUGAUUGGCCCUUAUCAGGUCUUUGGACUGCUUGGAGAGGGGAAAUGGAACCCGGUGCGGGAUGGCGGCUGCUGGUUCGCUCUGGCUCGGAGCGGCCGAAAAGCGCGUAUCCUCGACCCGAGUUUAUCUAUCUUGACGUGGUUUCUCGGCUUCUUGUAGAGAUAUUUUCUGGAGAAAAAAGGGCAAGGAAAAAAAAAAAAAAAAAAAAAAAAAAAAAAAAAAAAAGAAGAAGAAGAAGUUGAGAUAAAGAAAGUAUUUGCCGGUGUCUCUUCUGCCAGUGCUGUGACACUGUCUUGGGGCGAUUUGACAAAUCAAUUCCCGUCCAUCAAGCACCCCCUGGCUCGCUUGCGUCUGGCGAAUUUUUGAUACAAUGACGGACUCCACGCCAUUCACGAUGGAGGGAAGGUAUACGCGGUUACAAUAAUGGGGUCAAUUUCGUGCUGCUUACCCCAGUCUCUUCUUUGCCAACUCGAAACACCGAGAUCUAUCCGCAUCGCGUCGGGCAAUGCGAUGCGCUGGGGUCCGUUUAUGGCCCCAUGGCCAUGGUCCAUAGACAAACAAAGUGAUAAAUCCAUGAAUCCAUGAAUCCGGGGUUCCCUCCCGAUUUGAACAAGGCGUUUGCGGGACAUGCUUCUGCACUGUUGGGUUGUGAGACUUACUACGGAUUAGUUCUGGGGAACGUUUCAUUACAUAAAGCUCGUCGACCAGCCGCUUCUCGUCUCCUCAUAUGCCUCCAAACAAAAUGCGGGCUGAGAUAUCAACUCUUUGAUUUCCACCAAAAUUCUCUACUACUUACUACGCAGCGUAUACGACAGAGGAUUUCUCCUGAUCUGCCACUGCUGCUGGUAGCUUGCGCGCUAGUUAGUUCCGGAUUUAAGCAUUUUAUUCCGGGUUCUGCCUUUUUCCUUCGAUUUUUAUUCUUCGCUUCUUCUUCGCGCCUCUGGCUAAAAGUGGCUUGGUGGCGCAAACCGCCCCCAGAUUGGCAAAACAGAAGUGGACAUCAACAGACGAUCAGGACGAUUACGAUUCUCUACAGCGUUUCAAUUAACUUUAUUAUCUUUUCCCAACCGCCUCAUGCUGAUGGCUGACUCCAUGAGUGAGCCUGGGUUUGACCUCUGAUUGUGGUUUUGGCUGGAAUGGAUUUUGGCUAGGCACGCACCGGCUUUCUCAGACUCAGGCGACUUUUCUCUUUGUCCUGCAAACAGACCUUCCCGAAAUGGUUUGCUUGAGGAAUCAUCCAGGAUAGCGCGCUUUCCGCGUCCAUUGGAUGGGUGCUGCGUGGAAAUUCCGCGGAGUCCGGGGGUGGAUUUCGAUAUUGGGGAUCGGCAGGGCUCAGCUCUGAUUUUUUUUUCUCUCAGGACCACUGGAACAUGUUUGGUCAAGCGCCUUUGGCCUUUUCUUUUCUUCUUUUGUUUUUUUCAAAGCUUGUCCUGCUCUGGUUUAACGUUAGUUUCUGGGGUAAUGCCUUGGCUGCAGCGGACCUCGAUGAUAUAUCCCUGCAGGCGCCAGAAUCCCUGAGCAGCAAGGGUGCGGAUGCGGCACGAAGUAAAACGAGCAUUUUUCAUGGCUGGGCAUCGAAAAGCGCCGGCUACACACGGCAGCAGAUAGUUACUUGCUGUCCAGGAACUACUGCAUGAUUCAAUUAAUGCGACAGUUUCUUUGCUUCCCUCGCCCCUCCAAAAACCAAAAACCCCGACUCACCCAUGUUCCAAUCCAAGUCGUUGGUCAUCUUUUAGUCCGGGAUCUUCAUGCUGGGCCAAUCUGAUGUUUGACAUCCCCAGCUCCUUGUUAAACGACAUGCUGUCUCUCAAUCCUGCCUGCGCUCACCACCCCGUCUGACAUGGGUGCUUCUCACCUGUCCUGUGAGUCCUGAGCACAUUGGCAAGGCUCAAUGCGGCCAGGAGUGCAAAAAACAGAAUGCAACCAUGAUUGGGUUUUUUUUCUUUUUCUUUUUCCUUUUUUUUUCCCCCUCAAGUAUUCGACAACGAUGCAAGCUAGGAUCCCGCAUGUGGCGGAUCUCCCCUGCCAAACAACGGGUGUUUUUUGACUUUGGGGAUAGAACAGCGUACUGUCGUUGCAGCUUAAAAAUACCGGUUUUGGCAUGGACAAACCCCGUCGUCCGUGCACCAUUUUGAACCAUUUUGAAAGACGGGGAGGAAAUUGAAAGUCAAAAAUCCACCUUGUCAAACUUACACCCGUGGAUAAUCAUGGAAACACAGCAACCCAACAACUCAUCAAUAACCGUUUGUAUGGAGCUAACCAGAUAAUCCGCGGCUCUCCCAAAGCAUGCGAUGUCAUGUCCUAGAGAGGAGAAAGUGGACAGUUUCUCGCCCGAGAUGCGCCUUUUGCGCCAUUAUGUUUUAUUCACAGUAACUAACCAAGCUCGCAAAAAUGUCUGCUGAAUUGUAGAGGCUUAUGUAUAUUUUGAGCACAUUAUGAUAUCAUUCAGGUCUAGAGAAUUUGUGGUUCUUAUUUUGGGGGGAGAGGGCAGCGCUUGAUGUCGACACAGCUUCAUCGCAUAUGGUCUAUGGAAACCUAACCCAUGGAGAAAUCCCAAAUUAUUUCUCUGAGAAUGAAAUUAUAGUUGAAUGUAGCUACUUAGCAGGUUAUCUAUACGCCUGGGUAGGUAGGUGGUAUUUCGUGGCAGAAAGAUGUUGCUUCAAUGCAUUCUUUGAAAUCUACUACUCUGUAUUCCUUCAACACAACAUCAGAUAUGAGUAGAAUAUUAGAGAUAUAAGUAUAUUUUUUGAGCAGAGAAUAUAGGAAUAUAGUAGUAUCA